CCGAUCCAUCACGACAGAGCCACCGCGGCUGGAACCAACGCCGCGAUUCAUGCGACCCCUUGCUCCCUUCUCCAAUCUGUGGCCACAGGGAGACUCCUCUGGAACCUCUCGUCUGAUUACCAACAUCGCCACAAGAGAAACGCCCCGAUCUUGUGCUCGCGGACCUCGAGGAGAUCCACCGCCCGGAGCAACUCCGGCGGCUUAUUCCGUCGAUUUUGGACCCUACCAAAUCGAGCCCCUGGACCUCAUCCCGAAGCUCACCGGCGACCAUCCCAUCUCCAGCCGCACGCCCUCGUCACUACUGGACGCCUUGGAACACUCCGUGGAGUCCUUUGACUUCACCGUGCUGAUACACAUCCGCCAGUGUGAUUCCCGAGCCUCGUGGACCACUGGAGCCGACGCCAUCGUCAACCACAGCCGCACCACCGCCGUGUUCUUCUCCGGCGAAGAUUCUGCGUGACGAAUAGAGUUAUCAGAAAUUGUGAGUGUGACGAUCUUCAUCAAAUAUACCAG